UGGUCUGAGUCUGUGUUUCACCUUCCAGCCCUGCAUAUAAAGGCCUGAGGUGGAGGGAGACCCCGCUAUACAGAGAGUGAUUCACCCCAGCAUGAGCAGCAGCAGGGGACAGAGAGUGUGGGGUUAAAACAUGCCCAGCCUAAUCAUCACAGAGACACUGAUACAAACACAGCACUUCAAUAUGGAGCAGGACGACAGGAGGAGGAACAAGAACUUGGGAAAGAACUUUAUGUGCCGACUGCAAUGCAUGUUCUCACAUUCACCUACCUCUGAGAGGCUAAGUUUAGAAGAUACCCAACAAUGGUCUCAGUCACUGGAGAGACUCCUCGAGUCUAAAUAUGGACUGGCGACCUUCAGAACCUUUCUGAAGUCUGAAUUCAGCGAUGAGAACAUUGAGUUCUGGCUGACGUGUGAGGAGUACAAGAAAAUCAAGUCUUCAUUCAGAAUGUCAUCGAAGGCCAAAAAAAUCUAUGAGCAUUUCAUAAAGGCUGAGGCUCCUAAAGAGAUAAACAUUGACUACCACACGAGGGAGCAGAUCAAGAGGGCCGUGAAGAAUCCUACACUCCAGUGCUUUGACGAUGCCCAGAAGAUUGUCUAUGGGCUGAUGGAGAGAGACUCGUACCCUCGCUUCCUGCGCUCAGACAUUUACCGAUCCCUCCUGGAUUCCCUCGCCGCUGACGCCGUCAAGGGCUAAUGGGAGCGGAUUAGACGACAGGAGAAUGUGACAACAGAAACUGGAAUGUUUGGGAUUCUACAGGAUGGAAGGCUGACCAAGCAUAGAGAGACUGACAGGCCUGUGUCCCUACGAACCGUGGUCGCCACAACACAAGACCACACCCUAAAACACUGCAAGUGGGAUUCGCCCAGAGAAAAAGAAAGACAGAAAGAGAGAAGGAAAGGCAGAGGGGAUAUGAGGAAUGUUACAGCGCUGCGAUUGCACUGGAUGCUGCUGUCUUAUCUGUAACUCUGGGAGUGACAUCAUAUCAUAGGUGAUUAGAUCGUCUUUGACAGUGAAUGAAUCACCGAGUGAAUGACGAUCGAACUGAAACACAAAUUCAGCAACCAUGCAGUCCCCACUCAACCGGAGGUGCUUCCUGUCCUAAAAAGAUGGAGAAGAAAGUGUAUGUGUGUUUGUGUGUGUGUUUGUGUGUGUGUGUGCGCAACAGGAUGCCUAUGAUACCAUGAUAAGAUAGGAGAUGCAAGGUGGACUUUCACUAGCAAUACUAAAGUAUGUGGUCUGGAGUGAAACAAAGGAGAGAGCACGCACACAAUGGAUACCGGCCCAAAAUACUAUACUGUCCUUCAUAAUAUUCACAUUUCGUCUCUAAAUUCAAACCAGUUUUUCGAAAGGAGGUUGAAUCUUUAGAUUUGCAAGGCAGUUAAAGACUUCUUACACUGUCUAUCGUUGAAUAAUUACCCAUUUAGAAGUAGAGGUUAAGUUGUCUGAGUGCAAUUGUAGACAGAAGGGUAGCCUAUGUCCCACUUUGUAUAUUGAACUUUGAACUCCUACCAAUGUUGAUAAAUUAAGGUUAGAAUGUUGUACUAUUUAUUACACAGUCACUGUUGGGAUGCUGACUUUUGCAAUGCUUGUAAAAAUGUUCACGAUUAGAUGAUUAAAUUACAUUAAAUUAAAUUAUUAAAUUAUUUGCAGACAAAAUAUUUAUUGUCAAUCACUCUCUUCUGGCUUAUUCUCAAUUAACAACUAAAUUAAAAAACAACAUUUCACUUUG